CAGAAGUUUAUUGUGCUGAAAAUUUACGAUUCCAAGAUAACACUUCUAAUGUAUUGCCUUUACAGUGGGACUUUCUGCAUACAAAUGAGAAACAUAGCAGACCAAAAAUAAACAGGAAAACUUUUCAAAACCCUUCCAAAAUGAACACAGCAAAAUACUGUAGAGAGGAAAAUGGGCAGUAUGGAGAAUAUAUUUCAAAAAAGUCUCAAACGGAGAUACACCAACAUGACAGCAAGAGAAAACAAGACCAGAAGAAUAUUAUAAAGAGAAAAUACAACAAAAACAGUAGUUACAGACAAAGUGGAGAAACUGAAAGUGACGGCAUUCAUAAAAUUGCUCAGAAAGCAGACCAAAAGAGUAGCCAUUUUUCACCAGGUGGAUUAAAACGUACAUUGGCAAAGGCUAGCCAGAAAGCAUAUGUAACACCAAAAGAAAAUCUUCCACAGUUCUCACUUUGUAAAAAUGAAGAAUUAAAAAAUAAGGAUGCAUUGCAUGCAGAGGCUGUUUGUGGAAAUAAAAUAACCGAAACUCAGCAAAUGCAAGUAGCUUUAGUUACUCAGAAUGGUGUAGCUAUGAAUACACCACAAGCUAAAGAACAAGUUGAUGAUGACGCUAAUACAUUAAAGAAAGUAGAUUCCUCAUCAGUGGCACAUAAAAGCCCUCACAUUAGUAAUUCUCCUGAUAAUCAGGUAAAGCACAAACAGAGGUUUAGUUCUGAUAUUACUGAGACCAGACCAGAAAAAAAUUGUUUCAGGCAUAUUGAUCAGGGGGGGCAGAAUAUUUUGGAUGACCAGGAAGUCCCUCAUGAGAUAGAUUCCUUUAUGAGCAAGUUAAAGCCUAUGGUUCAAAAAUCAGAAUUUUUAAAACUCGUACCUGUUCAAUGUUCUAAGAAUAUGCCAUUAAAUGUAGAUAGCUUUUUCCAGGAAGGUCUUUCCAAUGUGGAGCUCCCAGCUCUUAAUAACCACAAUGCUUCCAUGAACUUCUCUAUACUGCAAAACUCUGAAAUCUGUGGGGAAAAUGAUCAUCAUAAAGCACUGGAUGCUGGAAAAGCAGAACAAAAACUGGAUCAUAUUUCUAAAGAGACUUACAAAAAGACUCUGAAACCUUGUCAUGGGAGAAAGGCUUUGCAAGAUCUGACAAAUACUAGUAAGCAAUCUCACACUUUCUUACCUAAAUCCCCCAAAACUUUAGAAGAAAACUCAGCAGCACCAUCUAGACGAGGAAGAGCCACUAUUUGCUACAAAGAACCCAAUCUAAACCGCAAAUUAAGGCGUGGGGAUCAGUUUACAGAUACACAAUUUCUGGAUUCCCCAGUCUAUAGAGUAAAAAAUAAAAGAAGCUUUAAAAGUAAAUCAAAAUGUAUUUGAAGAAGACAAGAGAAUUGCCUUU